GUGGCGGGUUGGAUGUGCGGCAGCUGUUCAGCCGGCAGGGACGCGGUGGGCAUGGAGGAGGAGCGAACGCUGAAAGGGACAGAGUGUAAGAACAGCAAGGAGAGCGUAUCACUGAACACCUUUGUGAUUGAUGCUGAUCCUCUUUGUGGACACAGUACGGGGAGUAAUGCGCUAGUUACAUUCCAACUUGCAACUAUAAAAGAAGUUGGGGAUACCCUGGGAACAGAAGAUAAGGCUAGCCUUGUGAAGGAGGAAGAUGGUAGUUACUGCAUGCUGCAAGCCACUGAGUCAACUUCUCAAGACUCAAGAGCCCUUCCUCUCAACCUUGCCUCAGUGUGUGGGCAGUUGUCAAAUUUCCUCAGCAACAUAAAUUCUGUGCCUCCUCUUCCUGUGGUUAUGUUUGCACAGGCACCCACGGAUAAUUCAGGGUCAUUCAAAAAGAAUGAAGGUUGUUACUCUGAUGUGACUGAAAAUGUGGCAAAGAAAAAAAAUAAUUGCAUAAGUGGAGUAUGUGCUGAGAAGUUACCUGGUGCAAUCUCUAGAGAUUUCUGCAGGCUAGCACUGUUAGAGGAUGUAUAUGGCCCAACUAAUUGCAGGUCAGUGCUCUGUACUUCAGCCAGUAUUGGAGGUCAGCAGUCCUACACAACAACUUCAUUCCUGAAAUCUGGAAGUAGUCAUGGUGAGAACAAGCAGAAAAAAGAUUUAUGUGAGGAUCCAGAAAUUCUACUGCCAGUCAAGAAGAAGACACGCACCUUCUAUAGCGCAGAGCAACUAGAAGAGUUGGAGAAGGUGUUCCAGGAAGAUCACUACCCUGACAAUGAAAAGAGGAGGGCAAUCGCAGCUGUAGUUGGGGUGACACCACAGCGUAUCAUGGUGUGGUUUCAGAAUCGCAGGGCAAAGUGGAGAAAAACAGAGAAGUUGAAUGUCAAAGGCAGCAAAAAAUACUCAACAUCAGCAGCUCUGGCAAUCCAUGCUGGGUCAGACAUUUGUGGGGCACCUCUUCUGCCAAUGCCUCCAUUGCCUGAUCAGUCUGCCAUAUUAAGUGUAGACACUACAGCUGGGAACUGCUCCAGUAGGGUCAGUGAACAUUCUGCAUUGUUUGCUUCCUCCUCAGUCUCUCCAGUGAAAGGGAUGAUAGGAUCUUGUGAAACAGUUCAGACAAAGGCGUUGCUGCAGCUUGACUUCAGUUCCAGCAGAGUGGAGUGCUUCCCAAGCCCUCCUAGUCCUCCACCCAUUCGUAGGGCCAGCCUGCCUCUCAGUCUUUCCUUCAGCCCCUACGGUCACAUUGUCCCAUUGAUGCUGGAUGCUCCCAACAGUGAAUGCGGCUUGUCCAGUCAGGAAAACAGCUCCAAGGAGGCCUUCGCUUAUAGCAUCCAGGAUCAAGGCUUGUGUUCAGCAGUUUCUUCUAAGCAGCUGGACUUUAUAGGCAGUCUAGAGAUGCCAUACUGUCAGUAUGGCAGCCAGGGUGGAACUUACCAGCUGUCCCAACAUCAGUGUUCCCAGUUCCACCAUCUGCCAUUUCACCGACCCAGCAAUGUCUCCAGCAUUCACCUCACUUCUACAACACCAACUGAAUCCAGUUCAGCUUUCCUUGCCUCACCUAGCAGCAGUGGAAUGGUAACCUAUGGGCCAGCAGGAGACACACAGGACUACGUACAAAACCAUGUGGAGGAACAAUCUGUGUUACAGUGGCAGAAUGGAAACGCAGAUGUUAAAGAAGAAUUGAUUGAUGCUGUGUUCUAAGAAAAGAGGAAACAUUACUAUUUGAACUGCAAAAUAAGAAUAAAGAAGAG